CCCCAGCCCAAUUUCAGCAGGGAAUUUGAAGCCGGCGGGGUCCUGACUCCGGAGCUCAGGACGGAGGGAACUAGUGAGCGUCCAGCUUCGACUCGUGACCAGAUUGCAAGAUGUGGCAAGUCCACAGAACCAACCUGAUCAGGCUGAGGACCAGCCUCUCCAGAGGCCUCCACCACAAAGCUGUGAUGGCGCUGCGGCGCGAGGACGUGAACGCCUGGGAAAGGAGGGCACCGCUGGCUCCCAAGCACAUCAAGGGUAUCACCAACCUGGGAUACAAGGUCUUGAUUCAGCCUUCCAACCGGCGGGCCAUUCACGACAAGGAAUAUGUCAAAGCUGGAGGCAUUCUUCAAGAGGAUAUAUCUGAAGCCUGUCUGAUUUUAGGAGUUAAAAGGCCUCCAGAGGAAAAAUUGAUGUCCAAGAAAACAUAUGCAUUCUUCUCUCAUACAAUAAAAGCACAGGAGGCCAAUAUGAGCUUGUUGGAUGAGGUUCUAAAACAGAAUAUCCGACUUAUUGAUUAUGAGAAAAUGGUGGAUCACAGAGGAAUCCGUGUAGUGGCCUUUGGACAGUGGGCAGGUGUGGCAGGGAUGAUCAAUAUUUUACAUGGAAUGGGUUUAAGGCUUCUUGCUCUGGGACAUCAUACACCUUUCAUGCAUCUUGGUAUGGCUCAUAACUACAGGAAUAGCAGUCAGGCUGUUCAAGCUGUCCGAGAUGCUGGUUAUGAAAUAUCUCUGGGUCUAAUGCCAAAGUCAAUCGGGCCCUUAACAUUUGUGUUCACAGGGACUGGUAAUGUAUCAAAGGGAGCCCAAGAAAUCUUCAAUGAGCUACCCUGUGAAUAUGUGGAGCCCCAUGAAUUAAAAGAAGUUUCCCAAACUGGAGACCUCAGAAAAGUAUAUGGGACUGUGUUAAGCCGACAUCAUCAUCUUGUCAGAAAAACAGAUGGUGUGUUUGAUCCUGUGGAGUAUGACAAACAUCCAGAGCGCUACAUAAGUCGUUUUAAUACUGAUAUUGCACCCUAUACAACUUGUUUAAUCAAUGGUAUUUAUUGGGAACAAAAUACCCCUCGCUUACUAACCCGGCAUGAUGCUCAAAGUCUCCUGGCUCCUGUCAAGUCUUCCAUUGUUACUGUUGAAGGUUGCCCCACAUUACCACACAGACUUGUAGCAAUAUGUGACAUAUCAGCGGACACAGGUGGAUCUAUAGAUUUUAUGACUGAGUGCACAACAAUAGAGCAUCCUUUUUGCAUGUAUGAUGCAGACCAGCAUAUCAUUCAUGACAGUGUUGAAGGCUCUGGGAUUUUGAUGUGUUCCAUUGACAAUUUGCCAGCACAGCUUCCAAUUGAAGCUACAGAAUACUUUGGAGACAUGCUUUACCCUUACGUUGAAGAAAUGUUAUUAUCAGAUGCAUCACAGCCCCUGGAAAGUCAGAACUUUUCUCCUGUGGUGCGAGAUGCUGUGAUUACAUCCAACGGUUUAUUAACGGAUAAAUAUAAAUAUAUCCAGAAACUCCGAGAGGACAGAGAAAAUUUUCAAUCAUUUUCAAUGAAUACCAAGAAAAAGGUGUUGGUUCUUGGAUCUGGCUAUGUAUCUGGACCUGUAUUGGAAUACCUGUCAAGAGACAGCAAUAUAGAAAUAACAGUAGGCUCUGACAUGGAAAAUCAAAUGAAAAAGUUAAGCAAGAAAUACAAUAUUAAUCUUGUUAACAUGAACAUCGGUAAACAAGAAGAAAGGUUGAACUCCCUGGUGGCAUCUCAGGAUCUUGUCAUUAGCUUGUUGCCAUAUGUGUUACAUCCCGUUGUGGCCAAAGCUUGCAUCACAAACAAAGUUAACAUGAUCACUGCAAGCUACAUCACACCAGCACUGAAAGAGCUGGAAAAGAGUGUGGAAGAUGCGGGCAUCACACUCAUUGGCGAGUUGGGCUUGGAUCCUGGGCUUGAUCAUAUGCUUGCAAUGGAUACCAUCGAUAAGGCCAAAGAAAUGGGGGCCACGAUUGAAUCUUAUAUUUCCUACUGUGGGGGGCUUCCUGCCCCCGAACAUUCUGACAAUCCUUUGAGGUAUAAAUUCAGCUGGAGUCCUAUGGGCGUUUUGAUGAACGUAAUGCAGCCUGCUUCUUACCUACUGAAUGGAAAGGUUGUGAACGUGGCAGGGGGAGUCUCCUUUCUUGAUGCCGUCACUUCCAUGGAUUAUUUUCCUGGCCUGAAUUUGGAGGGUUAUCCUAACAGAGACAGUACUCGAUACUCAGAGAUCUAUGGGAUCCCCUCUGCCCACACUUUACUGAGGGGUACACUGAGAUAUAAGGGGUAUUCCAAAGCUUUGAAUGGAUUCAUAAAGUUGGGCCUGAUAAACAGAGAAAUAUACCCUGCCCUACGACCUGAGGCCAACCCUCUCACUUGGAAACAACUCCUCUGUGACCUAGUUGGGAUUUCACGCUCUUCUUCGUGUGAUGUGCUUAAAGAUGCUGUCCUUACAAAACUGGGAGGGGACCAUACCCAGCUGGAGGCUGUAGAAUGGUUGGGCUUACUUGGGGAAGAUCAAGUCCCUCAGGCAGAGUCCAUUGUGGAUGCACUCUCCAAACACUUGGCCUUGAAGCUCUCCUAUGGCCCUGAAGAAAAAGAUAUGAUUGUGAUGAGAGACAGUUUUGGGAUCAGACAUCCUUCUGGACAUUUAGAGAGCAAAACUAUUGAUCUUGUGGUUUAUGGAGAUUUCAACGGAUUUUCAGCGAUGGCUAAAACAGUGGGUUUCCCCACGGCCAUGGCAGCCAAAAUGUUGCUUGAUGGUGAAAUUGAAGCAAAAGGCCUAAUGGGGCCUUUUACAAAGGAGAUCUAUGGGCCAAUAUUAGAGCGGGUUAAAGCAGAAGGCAUUAUAUACACUACACAGAGCACACUCAAGCUAUAAUUUUGUUUGUAUCAUCACAGGCAAAAUGGCUCUCAACAUCUGCAUGAUAAACAUGCUUACUAAUAUGCUGUUGUUUUUAUAGCGUGAAGCAUGACCUAUUUUGAUUGUGUCAAUAAAAUGGUGGUUUUGAAUAAAAAUCUCAAUUUUAAUUUGAAAAUGUUCAGAAUAUGAGAGGCCAGUCAUUAUGGGAGAACUUAAGUAAUUUUACUAUGUAUUACUAUAUAUGUAUAAAAUGAUAAUGAUCAUACUUUGUUAACU